AGAUGCGAGUCUGGAUUGAAAAAUUUCGCAUAUACUUCAAUGUAUCGCACGUGGAGUUGAUGGACAACGAUGGCCAGAAGGGCCUUUUUAUAACUUUCCUUGCCAGCAAAAGCGACCUUGCCAUUGAGGAGGAAAUUGGUGGAGGCUUGCUACUUGAUCCUAGAAAAACAUUUUUUGGAGUUGAAGCUGCUGUUCACGCGAAGACUGGCGUUGUUCUGCUUGAAGAAGAACAGGCGCCAGUUCAAGGACAUUAGGUCAGAUGUUAGUUACCUUAAUUCAAAAUGGUUAGUGUGCUUUAAGCAUAGCUGAGUAUAAUCGCAUUUUUGUAUUAGCGUAACAUAAGGAUUAGGAAGCGAAACUUGAAAUACGAGCACAGUCUCGAAUCUCAAGUACAUAAGAGUAUACCUAAGAGAGACGAGUGCAGUCGGGAACUGCACUCAUGUAUACUCGUCCUUCUCUCGGAUUCGCCAUGAAGUACUCUUGUCGUCAGUGAGUUCAUAAAGGGCCAGUUCGGUGCCAAAUAGACCGUCGAAUUGACCGUGAUUGCCUUGUUUCAUUUGAAGCUUUGACUCUCUCAAAUAUCUUCGAUGGCAGUCCUAGUCCGAUGCAAUUGGUGUGGCGCAUUUCUUUACGCGGAAUAUGCGGUUGACAUCUUGCAUGAAUUUAUCAAGUUUAGGUGGAAAUGGCGUACAUUGAAACCAUGGAGACCCAAAUUCCGGGACCAUUCGGCAUCGUUCAAAGUCAAGGUCAAGCUCCUUCAAAAGGACGAGAUCUGUUGAAUCUUCAAAGAGUCCUUGAUAUGGUCCGCUUGUUCGGGGUGGAAAGAGAAUUGUCUCUCCCCAAACGAAAACCAUUGUAGGUGAAAGUGGCCAAGCUAUACAACGAGGAAGAAAAGUUGACCGGUGCCGAUGCAUUUGAUGCUAAUCAUUUGAAAAGGGCGUGGAAUAAUCUGAAAUUAAGAGCUAGGAAAAAGAAAUCGGAUCGCGUAAAAGAGUUGAAGAGGACGGGAGGAGGACCGCCACCAAAAUUGAAAAAGUUAACUCCUCUUGAAGCAAACGUUUUGGACGAGGCUGGAGAUCAAACCGAAUUGGUUGCUUUGUUUGACUCCGAAACGCAAUUUGACAAGACAGUGAAUGAGAGGAUGAAUAAUGGUCAAACACAGCAUCGACGACAUGAUUCGUCCGCGUCAACAGCGCAAUUGAUUGCUCCAUUUCCACGCCUAUCAUCGACACCAAAUUCUCAACUACAUGAACAACAUCAUGAUCAAUUACAAGUACUUCAGCUUCAUCCGAAUUCGCCCAGCCGUCAAUUUGAAUUUCAUGAAGAAAUUUCCAGCCCCGAGAUGUCCAUGGGUGCAACAAAUAUCAUCUUUUCGAACAACAGUCCCCUUCAAGUGCACUUCAAAGAUGAUGGAUUUGAUGACAAACAAAACAAUAACAUGGAAUACGUGGUUGAAUCUGAGAUCGAGAAGGACAUUGAUGUGGCAUCUGCUACUGUUGAAAGCCACGACAAUACAAUUUCGUUCGACUUGUCCAGUGGUCAAAGGCAGAUUUUGCAGCAGGCCCUAUCUGAAGAUCAAAUCAUUGUCACCCCACCUCCAGCAACCCCAAGAAGUACUAGUCCGAAUCAAGAGCAACGUGAGAAUCCUGUAAGGCAUCAAGGCCAAAGUGGCAAUAGAGGCCAAGGCCGUGGUCGCGGUAAAAGACGAGCUCGAGCACCAUCAACAUUGGCGGGACGAUUCAUCGAAAAUCGGGCUGAAAUGGAGGGGAAUUUCUUGUCCGACCAACACAAAGUCAAACAAGAGAUCGUGGUUAUAGAAAAAGAUGCAGCCCUAAUGUACAAGAAGGCUGUGGAGAAAAAGGCUGAGAAUGAAGAGCGACAGUACGAGAGGCAGUCUCGCCAAGAUAUCCAACUGUUUGACAUUGAACUGAAGAAAGCCGCUGACCUUGCUCGCCUCGAUGUCACAAUUGCCAAGUUGCGGGUACGUCGUGAAGAGGCACUCACUAUCAAAGCGGAAAAAGAAGCGGGUCUACAACCAAAAACAAAUUUUGACAGUUAUUCAACUAUGUGAUAUUCCAUCUUUUGUUGUUGCUUCUUGCCUUGCUCCAACUCCACCUUUUUGCUUGUGUUACCUAAGUGAGAUCUUGUCUAAGUUCCUAAAAUAGAUCCUUUAUUUCUUUGCUUUGUA